AAACACCAAAAAAGAAAGAAAACAAAAAGAAUGACUGGAGAGGAGUUGUUGAAACUGUUCGAGCAAAACUGGUCGGAGAGAUCAAUCUUCAAGAAAGACAAAGAGAAUCUGAAUGGAAAAAGUCGAGAGAAGCGUGGAGAAACAGAGAUUCUAGAGGACCAAGAAGAAGAAGAAGCAGUGAAGAAUUUUCCGGUGAGCUUUCUUGUAGAAAGGGCUAUGAGUGAUGAGACGAUGAUGACGACGAGUUCCAAGACAAGUUUGUUUAGUUCUUCAUCAGAUGAUUUGUUCUUGUCUCCUAGAUCAGUCUUACCCGUUAAACCAACGCCGAUGAAGCUUCAGACGAUUCUCUCCGGAAAAGAAGUCAACGCGUUCACGAUUGCGGAAAGAGAGAGAGUACUUUCAGAGAAGGAAGAGCAGAGGAAGAAGAAGAAUAAGAGGAAUGUGAGAACAAGAAAGGGAAAGAGUAUGUCAGAUUUGGAGUACGAGGAGCUCAAAGGGUUUAUGGAUCUAGGUUUUGUCUUUUCCGAGGAAGACCAUAAAGACUCCGAUCUGGUUUCGAUUCUUCCUGGGUUACAGAGAUUGGUGAAGAGAGAUGAUGGAGUAGUUCAAGUAGCAAAAGAAGGAGAAGAAGAAGACAAGAGCAGUGGAAACAGAGUAGCGAGACCGUAUUUGUCUGAAGCGUGGGAUCAUUGUGGAGGAAGAAAAGGGAAGAUCACGACAGAGAUAAAGUGGAGAGUUCCGGCGCCGGCGGCUAACGAAGUUGACUUAAAAGAUAAUCUAAGGCAUUGGGCUCAUGCUGUGGCCUCGACUAUUCGAAGAUAACACUGCUUGGAUUCUAAACAUGCGAACUUUUUCUGUAUCAAUCAAUAGGUUUUGAUCAUUUGGUUUCAAAUUAUGUGAAUAAAGGAAAAGUCUGUUC